AUGGAUAAGUCAUGGAUGAAGGCUGAUAGAAGAUCACUACAGUUUCAGUUAGGACUUGAAGAAUUUCUGAAAUUUGCAUCGGAUAAUGCAAGGGACAUAAAUAAAAUAUGUUGCCCUUGCUUGAAGUGCCAUAACACUGAUUUUGGUGGUAUAGGGCUGAUUAAGGACCAUAUAUUUUUUAACGGUAUUGAUGUUAGUUAUAAGCAUCGGAAGUGGCAUGGAGAACCAUCUGCUUCUGCCUUGCAUGCUCUUAGAGGGGAUUCUGAAACAGUCGAAAUGAAUCCUGAUUUAGGCAUACAAGCAGAAGCUGUAGGGUUAGAGGGUAGUGAGGAUGAGGAGAUUUCGGAAGACUCGAACGAGUUUAUGCAGUUUGUAGAAGAUGGAGAUAAGCCUCUAUAUCCUGGUUGUACCAAGACAACCAAGUUGAAUGGUUUGAUACAAACAUUCAAUCUGAAAGCAAAGCACGGCAUGACUGAUGCGUGCUAUUCAGAUAUGUUAAUUAUGAUUGGCCUCUUGCUUCCAGAAGGAAAUGACUUACCAGGGUCUACUUAUGAGGCUAAAAGAACACUUUCCGCAUUGGGGAUGGGGUAUGAAAAGAUUCAUGCUUGUCCAAAUGACUGCAUCUUGUACAGAUUGCACCAUGCUGAUGCGAUCAGUUGUCCAACUUGUGGUGAAUCAAGGUGGAAACUUGGAAAGGACAAAUCUGAGAAAGAAGGGGUUCCGGGGAAGGUAUUGUGGUACUUCCCUCCGAUCCCAAGGUUCAAACGGAUGUUCCAAUCGACAGUGUCAGCUAAGGAGCUAACUUGGCAUGCCAAUGAUCGAAAGAAAGAUGGAAUGAUGAGGCAUCCAGCCGAUUCCCCAACUUGGAAAAUGAUUGACACAAAAUGGCCAGACUUUGGUCUAGAAAGUAGGAACCUUAGAUUAGCGCUUUCAUCAGACGGGUUUAAUCCACAUAGUUCUCUAAGUAGCAAAUACUCAUGUUGGCCUGUUAUACUUAUCACCUAUAACCUUCCUCCAUGGUUAUGCAUGAAGAGGAAGUACAUGAUGUUGACUAUGUUAAUUUCUGGACCCAAACAACCCGGAAAUGACAUUGACGUCUAUCUACAGCCAUUAGUGGAUGAUUUGAAAGUGUUGUGGGAUGGGGUUGAGAGAGUAUAUGAUGCUGUAAGAGGAGAGUAUUUUAAACUGAAGGCGAUACUAUUAUGGACAAUUAACGAUUUUCCCGCGUAUGGGAAUUUAUCGGGAAGCAUUGUGAAAGGAUACAAUGCUUGUCUAAUAUGUGUUGAUCAGACAAGACCCUAUAGGUUGAAGCACUCUAAAAAAAUGGCAUUCAUGAGGCAUCGACGAUGGCUGCCACGACAUCAUCCUUAUAGAAAGCAAGCUGCUUCCUUCGACAACACCAUAGAGGAGGGUGAAGCUCCUACACCAUUAACUACAUCAACAGCUGCCUCUCCCAAGAAGGGUCGAACUACCAAAAAGGCUGCCUCUCCCCAGAAGGGUCGGACUACCAAAAAGGCUACCUCCCCCAAGAAGUCUCGGACUAGCAUGACUAUAACUGCUAAGUCCAACGGGGUUGUGUCAUCAACCAAGUCAACGAACAAGUCUGUUUCCAGUAAGACUAAGAAGUCUGAGGAGGAUGAUGAUGAAAACAGAACUGGUGGAUUGAAGUUGCUGAAGCGAGGAAUGGUUACGAUGAGCCGCAUUACAAACAGGCUUAUCCGAGGAAAGAGGCUCACUGUGAAGUUUAAUGAAAAAGGAGAACCUGUUGGUAAGGCUGCAAAAGAAAUGCAGUCUUACAUUGGGGUGUUGGCACGUACGAAGAUCCCUAUCUCAAUAAAUGAUUGGAGAGAAGUGGAUCUAGAUGAAAAGGAAAAGAUAUGGGAAUCUAUAAAGGAUGCAUUUGUGGUGCCUAAAGAGCUUAAAAAAAUGGUGAUUUCAUCUGCUGCAACUAAAUGGAGAGAGUUCAAGAGCAAGUUAACAAACAUGUACAUCAUCCCUUAUAUGGAUGAACCAGAACUGUUAGAAAAUCCUCCAGAUGAUUACCGAAGCAUAACGAAAGAUACUUGGCACCAGUUUGUUGCUGAUAGGCUUUCAGCUACCUUCCAGGAAAUACGUGAAGCCCAAAUUGCAAAGCGAAAGGAGAAUAAAUAUCCUCAUCGUAUGUCACGCAAAGGUUAUGCAAAUUUAAUGGAAGAACUGUCUGAAAGUGUCCCUUUACAAGAACUUGAUAGAGCAACAAUGUGGAUUAAGGCUCGGCAAGAUAGGAAUGGCAACUUCAAACAACCUGAGGUAGAGAAGAAAGCCGAAAAAAUUGAACAUUUAAGGAAAAGGGAGGCUGAAGGGGAAAUUGCCACAUCUGGGUCUGAUGAUGUGCUCACUCUUGCAUUGGGGAAUCCGGAGCAUAGAGGUAGGGUUAGAGGUGUUGGUGGCAAUGUCAAGCCCGAUUUAUAUUUCAACUUGCCAAAACGGCAAAAGAUGACUUUUGAACAGAGGACUAGGUUAUCGCUGAAGAAGAUACUAGAGGAGGAGAAGGAAGUUUUGUUAGCUAAGGAAAGAACUGCAUGGGAGGAGGAGAGGGAUACAAAACUUGCUGAGGAGAGAGCUUAUUGGACUGAGAGGAUUGCAAAGCUAGAAGCGAAGGUCGAUGGGAAGGAGCUGCCUGUUGAGUCCCCCAAACCUGUCACAGCAGUUAAUGAGCUUGGUUCAGGACAAGGGAGUUGUUCUCGCCAUGGGGAGAAGGCUGCGGAGAAGGCUGCACAUGAUAAUAUUGAAGCUGAGGUGAAGGGUGUGAAGAAGAAGUUGGUUUUAAGAGAUGAAGUGAGCAUCGAGGUUGAAGAGGAAAUUGUGCAGCCCAGUGAUGAGAGGGUACGGUUAAACCCGAUAUUAGAAGAGGAGGUUAGAGAAGAUGUCAUUGUACUAGAGGCACCAGUACAUGGUGAAGAGGAACAAUUAGGUGAGACCAAGUAUAAACUGGCCAUUGACACGGUGGAAAACAUUGUGGCUAUUGGAACUGUCAUCAGUAUCGACCUUGAGACCAAACAGCAAACAAUCCAUGGUGUUCCACUUGGAGAGGAGAAUUUGCGUGUCUCUAUCACAGAAACUGUUGUUCCUGAAGCUUUGCUGCCAUUUCCCAUAAAAGAUGAGAUAGUGAAGGUCAAGGAUGCCAUUGGGACUUGUGUCGCUUGGCCGAGGAACCUUGUUAUUGCCCCUGCACCUGGUGGGAAGAAAAAACCAAAGCGUAAAAUUCCUAAUAGGCCACAGAAAGAUAUGUUUGAUGAUAAGGAAGACUUGCAAAUCCUGCCAUCGAAUCUCCCUGCACCUUUAAAGGACUUAUGCAUUUGGGCAAACAUUGGAUUGCGGAAUGGGGCAACCAUCCACGCCACUUUUGGACCAGAACUUUUUGGUCAUCCACAUAAAGCCUUUGUCUUUAGAAAGGACAUCUAUGCUAUGACACACUUAUUGGAAAUUUCAGGCAGCUGCAUUGUUUUUUACAUGAGCUACCUUCAAGGUGUGUUGAAGAAGGCUAAGAUGAAUGACAUGGUCGCUUUUGUCGACCCUGCUCACACGGGUGCAAGUGGUUGUGGAAAUCCAACCGAACGAGCUCGCUUAGUAUCAAAUCGGUUCAUAAAUGGGAAGUCUGGGCAAAUUUAUUUGGUCCCAUAUAAUUCAGGUGGUCAUUGGACAUUGUCUGCUGUGAAUCCAGCUGAAGAAACCAUUCACUUCAUGGAUCCGUUAAAGAGGCGACUCAUCGCUGGUGAAUGGAAAACAAUUCUGGACAACUCCAUUAAAAUCUACAAUGCACAGAAGAAUAAGAAAGGGAAGAAAACCAUUCAAUGGAAAAAUCUUGCUGGCAUUCCGGAGCAGAAAGAUAGUAAGACUUGUGGGUAUUGGAUCAUGCGCUACAUGAAGGAGAUAGUGGAAGAUAAGAAUUUGGAGUUUGCAGCUAAAUGGGAAAGAAGGACAAAUCUGGUUUACACUGAAAAGGACAUUGAUCAAGUUCGGGCAGAAUGGGCGAAGCAUGUUAUCAUGUUUCCAGAUAUGUAGUGUGCGUGCUAGGAGGUUUGUCGUACAUGAAUAGUUAGGGUCUGUUUUUGUGCAUAUUGACAUCAGCUUGCCUAUAUAGCUAGAUAUUGGAGGGUUUUUGCCUAACCAAAUGAUCAACUUUUGCUAUUAUCGAUCAUUUUAACCUUAGCAGCUGAUUAGUCACUUUUAGCCUCCAUGGAUUUUAAUCUGUUGAUUAUUUUCAACAGUUGAUGUACA